AUGAUUUAAAGUUAGUCAUAUCAAUACCGCUAUGGAUCUGAACCUCUUCAUGGCAUAGCGAAGAGUUUAAAUUUACCUAUCUAAUUUGAAUAUGUUCAAGAAAUUUGCAUAUUUGAACAAUUAAUAAAAUUAGUUUAGAUUUCAGAAAAACUUGAUAAUUAUAGCAAAUAUUUCACAAAUUCAUUUAAUUAAUUAGAAUAGCUCAAACCAUUUUAUUAAACUAUUUCAUCAUCUUUUAAUUAAGGAGUUGACAAGAAAAAUGAAAUUUGUGAACAUUGUAAUCAUAUCUAAAAUUUUAUUAUCCAUAAUUAAUUCAAAUACUUAGAACAUGAUAAAUUAUUAUCUGUAUCAGACAUGCUAUUAGUAGAAUUAUUAGAGAUAGUUUCAAAUAUGUAUCCAAAUAUACUCUAUAAUAAUUAUCAAAUUUUGUAUUAAUAUAUUGCAAGAGUUUUAUCCAAUAAUGUUUUGUAGAAUUACUAUUUUAAUGUUGAUUUUAUGAUGAAGGAUUUCUCACCCAAUAUUAAGAAUGUUUAAAAUAUUUUAAAAGGAAUUAUAUCAACGAAUUUAUCAACUUUCCAUGAUUUUGCAUAAUGUUAAGGGAUAUUGUAUAGAUACAAGGAAGAUGGUAAAUAAUUUCCAGAUAAUUGUCCAGUUAGCUUGUUUCCAUUAUAUGUAUAAUACUAAUUUAUGUUUAUAUUAGAUAAAUUAUGAUAUUAUAAAUGAUUUAAAGAAAAAAACUAUUUUAUAGUAAAAAGUAGUUGCCAAGAUGGGUAUGGAUUUUGAAUGGUAUACAAGUAUUUUGGGUAGAUUAGCAAAACAUGAUGAAUUUAUUAGAAGAAUGAUUUCAAUAUAAGGAAAAGUAGAAAAAUCAUAAACAAAAUGUCCAUAUACAAUAUGUAUUGUUAGAAAUGAUUUUUUACAUCAUGCUUCUUUGAAUUAAUGGAUGUAGGUAGAAUAUAAUUGCAUAGCCAUAAGUUUUGGAUUCAUUUCAGAUAGAGUUUAGAAAUAUCAUUCUCUCUUAUUUGAUUCUUAUUAUAAGUAAAUAAGAGAAAAUUAUAAAUUAUAAGUGAAAUAAGAUUUAAAUCAUGAUAUUAUGGUUGAUGCAUUACAUAAAGCUUAUGAAUUGUAUAAUAAUAAAAAUGCAAUUGUUUUAAUAAUAACAGCAGAAUUUGAAGGAAAUGUAUAUGAUUAGAGAUACAUUGAAAAAGGAUUAGCGAAAUUAGGAAUUUUAAGUAAAAGAACUACUUUUUUAAAAUUAAUUGGUAAUAUUACAUCAGAAAAUGGAAUUCUAAGAGCUUUUGGACAAGAAAUAGCAUUAGUAUAUUUUAGAACUGGAUAUACUUUUGAUUAAUAUGAAAAUGAAGUAUAUAUAUUAUAUUAUUUCAGGAAUGUUGGAACAUAAGAGAAAUGAUUGAAUUAAGUAAAGCACUUAAAUGUCCAAGUUUAAAUACAUAAUUAGUGAAUUUUAAGAAACUUUAAUAAAUUUUAUUAGAUGAAACUUAAAUUUAGAAAUUCUUAAACAAAGAUGAAGCUAAAUUAAUAAGUGAAAACUAUUGUAAGAUUUGGGGUUUUGAUCAUGAAGAUUAACAUGAAAAAGUAAUUUGGUUUAUUUUAAUAUUAUUAGUUAAUAGAAAUGAUCAAAUAGAAUCCUCAUGAUUAUGUCUUAAAACCAUAAAGAGAAGGAGGAGGAAACAAUUAUUAUGAUGAUUAAAUAAUUCCUGAAUUAUAAAAAUUGACACCUGAAUAAAGAACUGAAUUUAUUGUAAUGGAAAGAAUUAAACCUAUUCCUCGUAUUGGAUUCAUGAUGAGAAGAGGAUAAUUAGAUAUUUAAGCUGUAAUAAGUGAAAUCAGUGUUAUUGGAUAUUUUAUAAAUGAUGGAGAAAAGAUAUUAGUGAAUGAAGUAGGUGGUUAUUUAGUUAGAACAAAAAGAUACUUAGAUAAUGAAGGAGGAGUAGCAGCAGGUUAUGCAGUAGUUGACUCUUUUAUGGUAUCUGAUAGUUGAUU